GUGGGCUUUCAGUUUCAGGUUACCGUUACCCAGCAUAAUUGAUGCUCUUAACUGCCCAACUUUUGUACCUUUUCCGACGAUCCAUCAAUGAUCUAUGUGACGGAGAAUGCUAGAAAGGAAGAACUUUGCCUGUUUGUCGUCUAACCAAGUCUAAAGUCGCGACUUUUGGAUUCUGAUGCUUCAAAGUUCGAACCUAUUAACUCCCUCAGUCUCUCUCUCUCUCUCUCUCUGAUACAAGGAUUCUGAUAUUCGGCGCCCACCAUGCCAUGGAAGCCCCUCAACACCUUCGCCGUCGCGUUUUUGUUGGGCUUCACGUUCAUGAUCCUCUUCUUCUUCUCCGGCAUCCUCGAAUUUCCUUCUGUAUCGAACUCCAUCCAACUCAUCACCCAAACAGUUUCGUCGGAGACAAUAUCCGGACCCGACCCAUUUACCGAUUUGAUCAGUGUCUUUCGGAAGUGGGACUCUCAGGUGGGUUGUGUCCGGUUCAGGGAGAAGCACAUAGCGUUGCUCCCAAUUCAGUCAAAUGGGUCCUCUGCUUUGCAAGAUUAUGAAUUUAAAUGUGGUGAGCUGAAAAUGGAGCAUGUCAGCGUUUUGGUGAAAGAGUGGACGUGGAUUCCUGAUAAUUUGGACAAGCUAUACUCAUGCGGCUGCGGCUUGAGCUGUUUGUGGACUAAGUCUUCUGUUCUUGCUGACAGGCCUGAUGCAUUGUUGUUCGAGACCGUUACUCCUCCGAGUCAGAGACGCUUUGGAGAUCCACUUCGUGUAUACAUGGAUCUUGAGGCUGGCAGAAAGCGGUCAGGAGUAGAGGAUAUAUUUAUAAGUUAUCAUGCCAAUGAUGAUGUUCAGUCUACCUAUGCGGGUGGGCUGUUUCGUAAUAGUCGAAAUUAUCAUGUGUCUUCAUUGAAGAACAGUGAUACGCUAGUGUAUUGGUCUUCGUCACGUUGUCUUCCUCAAAGAAAUCAGCUGGCCAAGCAGCUUCUCAGCCUGCUGCCUCACCAUUCAUUUGGCAAGUGCUUGAACAAUGUUGGCGGCUCGGACGUGGCCCGAUAUUUCUACCCCGAAUGCGCCUACGAUGGCAGCGCCACCCCGAAAUGGUGGGACCAUUUACAUUGUGCCAUGUCACACUACAAGUUUGUUCUUGCCAUUGAAAACACCAUGACAGAGAGCUACGUGACAGAGAAGCUAUUUUAUGCACUGGGCUCUGGUGCGGUGCCAAUCUACUUCGGUGCACCCAAUGUCUGGGACUUUGUCCCUCCGCAUUCGAUAAUAGAUGGCUCUAAAUUCAGCUCCUUGGAGAGAUUGGCUUCUUACGUAAAGACCCUUGCUAAUGACCCAGUUGCCUAUUCAGAGUACCAUGCUUGGAGAAGAUGUGGCGUGCUGGGUAACUAUGGAAAGACCCGUGCACUGAGCCUGGACACAUUGCCAUGCCGAUUGUGUGAGACUGUGAGCAGAAGAGGUGGGAGAAAUGCAAUAGGAUAAGAAGCCGAUUCUUGUGCCAUUUACAUUCAAGAGGUCUUGUUCCUCCUUGUAUGCAAGGCUUUUCUUCUCCUCCCACGAAAACCAUAGGCUCUCCCUCUAGCAAAUAAUGCAGAGAAUUCAGAAAGGAGAUG